CAUUGCGUUGCUGGCUGCAAGUGUUGUACAAGCAGCGCGGCAGUAAAUCUGGGUGAAGAGUUGUUGUCGGUUGCACUUGGGAACCUCUACGGAGUGAGUCAUGUACCUGGUCUGAAACAACCUGAAUACCUCUGUGACCGAGUUGCAGCAGGAUUAUGCCGGACGCAGAAUUAACAGUUGCAGCGGAUAAAAGUUUACCCGAAUCGGGCAGUUCCCACGAGACCAGGCAGAAUAUGGCAGAUCCGAACGACGUGAGCAGUCUCAGUAUACCUGUCCCAAUCCGCAGAGGGGGAUCGGACACCAACCUCAACUUCAGCGUGACAGAUGGCGUCUCGAACUUCCACUGGCUCAAACCCGGCAAUGAAAACCUGCAGCAGAAGAUCCUGAAGAUCGCAGAGCAGAUCAGGAUCGAGAAGACGGCCUGCGACGAGAACGUCGCCGAAUACCUCAAGCUGGUCAAUACUGCGGACAAGCAGCAGGCGAGACGCAUCAGGCAGGUGUUCGAGAAGAAGAACCAGAAGUCGACACAAAGCAUCGCCCAGCUCCAGAAGAAGCUGGAGCAGUACCUCAAGAAGAUAAACGAGAGUGAGAUGAAUAGCUCCUCCAAAGCUCCCAAAGAAAGCAAGGAGUCCUCCAAAGAAAACCUGAAAGACGUGCACUCAAUCACAAAGGAUGUGGUCUGCAGCUCUAGGACUGGUAAUCCUGGUGUGGACAAGAUCAAAAGUUUAGGGCCAGGCGUCACCUUGUCCCCACCCUUCUUUUUCAGCAAGCCCAGGGAAUUUGCCAACCUGAUCCGCAACAAGUUUGGCAGCGCGGACAACAUCACGCAGCUCAAGAACACGCUGGAUACGUUCCACCCAGAAAGUGGGAACAGGGCACUGAGCGGCAGCGCCACGAUUGUGGCCAAGCCCAAGUACCCCAGUGACGACGAGUGUUCGUCUGGGACCUCGGCGUCCGCCGACAGCAAUGGGAAUGCGGACUGCGGGGCCGAAAGGCCCAUCUCCGCACGGAGCCAGGCUCAGCUGGCCAUGAUCACAAAGGAGCUUGAGGAUCUCAAGGAGCUGCAGUCACAUCUGGCUGAGAAUCUGGAGAACUUGAAAAUUCAGCUUAAAAGAGACUACACAUUCCUGACGCAGACCCUCCAGGAGGAGCGAUACAGGUUUGAGCGUUUAGAGGACCAACUAAAUGAUCUCACAGAACUGCAUCAGCAUGAGACCAGCAACCUCAAGCAAGAGCUUGCCAGUAUUGAAGAGAAGGUGGCCUAUCAGGCUUAUGAACGAGCCCGAGACAUUCAGGAGGCGUUGGAGGCCUGCCAGACGCGCAUCUCCAAGCUGGAGCUCCACGCUCAGCACCAGCAGGUGGUGCAGCUGGAGAACACGGACGCCAAGGUGCUGCUGGGCAAGUGCAUCAACAUCAUGCUGGCCAUCGUCACGCUGAUCCUGGUGUGCGUCUCCACCGCGGCCAAGUUCACCGCCCCCCUCAUGAGGAGCCGGCUGCACGUCGUCUGCACCCUCUGCGCCGUCACGCUCCUGGCCAUCUUCUGGAAGAGCUGGGACAACCUGCAGUGCGCCAUGGAGCGUGUGCUCAUGCCGAGCUGAAGCCGGUGGGCACGUCAGUUCUGCCCUGCUUUCUAGGAAGUGGUGGAUGUGCUGAGGUACCGUUCUGUUGAGAAAAAGGACAAGGCCGUUUGGGAUGCCAUCUGCUUCGAAGUGGACUGCAUGGAUUCCGUGCGGAGGCUUAACUUUAACUUCCGUGUCUCUUCCUUUCCUGCCUUUUCCCUGUGGUGAACCGUCGUGUUUUGCCUUGUAACGAUGACUUCAAAGAGCCACUUGAUUUCUCGUCUCUCAUUUGACAAGUGCAAUAUACGUGUUUAGUUUUGAAAGUGUCUUUUUUUUUAAAACCAGGAACAGUAAAGUUGUCUCUUUGUGUGUACCCAGUUAAUUACUUUAUCAGAUUUGUAUUUUUGGAAGAGGUUUUCGUGUAUGAUUUUUUAAAAAACUACAAUAGUGAUGCUUGAAAGAGGUUAAUAAACUGCAGAGCAGUGCCCUGUAUAAAACAUG